UUAUUUUGGUCCAUGCAUAAUGAAAUUUACACACAAUGUAAAGAGCAACAGGCAUUUUCACAUUAUGUCAAAAACUGAAAAAUGAUGUAUUGCUGCGUCAGCAGCUGUUUGAAUAUCAGGCAUGACUUCAUACCCAUAACUGUAGCCCAGGUUUAUUUGCUUAUUUCUUUAUUCGAGCUGGGAGACCCAUGUAAAGGUUUUUGUGCUGAACACUAGAGAUAAGAAUCUACCAAUGUUUCAGCAUCACUGUAACUGAAGUACAAACUGCUUAAUAGAAAACUUCCUGUUAGGAGUUCAGAGUAACACUGAGGAAGUAAUGAUUACAGUAAGAUAUGUGUUAUGGAUUAUAUAUGUGGGGCUACCUGAACAGUACAUACGUCCAUCAUGUUGAACACGUUCUGUCUUUUUCAUGUAGUCUGACCACAUAAAAUGCAGAAACACUGUCUGAAUCAGACAUGCAGAUCACUGACGGCUGCUUGUUUGCAGAGUGUGUUGGCAGAGCGUCGCUCCUACAUACAGGCGGGAGACAUCUGACUGCAUGGAGGACUCGGGCGAUGAGGGAAGCAGUGGAACCUGAAUGUCUGGAAUGUUCUGCAUUUAACCGCUGUGAUGAUGGCACAUUCCUCAUUUUUGCUUCUGCUCCUGGUGGCUCACAGUGUUUCAGCUGUUCUUACAGAGAGACACUACGUGUUCCACAUCCACAGUGUUCACUUCAAUCCUUUACAGAAUACCUCAGUGAGGUACUUAGAACAAUCUGCUAGUGUCCUGCUUGAUGGUAGACAGAUGCAUUACUACAGUGACGGGAAAACCAUGGCUUCUGCACAGAUGGAAAAGUCCUGGAGGAGUAGAACAAGAAGGAAGACACAGAAGCAGACACUGCAAAACGAAUUCGAACGUUUCAGCCACCUUCUGGAUAUCAGUUCUAAUGAAGCUCAUCACUUUAUGAAGAAAAGUGGCUGUAUGAUUGAGAGAUCCUCUACUGGAGAUGUGACCUUACUGAAAAGUACAGUUGAAUACAGACACAAUGGGACGGUCAUCCUCUACUUCAAUGUUCACAAAGACCAGUGGGAAGCAGUGGACAGAACUUUCCUACCAGUGAAAAUAAAGUGGGACAAUUCGUUCUACCUUCACCGAAUCACCAAGGACUAUCUGCUGCAAGGGUGUGUGGAGAUGCUCCUCAAAUACCUGGACGCUAAGGACAGAAAUGAGAUCUCAGAAUCUGAAGUCGUGAUGUUCUUCACUGGGAAUAUUGCUGAACCAUGGACACUUCAAGAAAGAUAUUGGUCAUUCUUACUCAUAAUGUUCUUCAGUGUGUCUAUUUUGAUAGUUUGUAGUCUGCACAGACGGAGGAAGUAUCCCAGAUGUGCUUUCUGCUCUUAUUUAAAAGUGUCAUUUAUCGCUGGAGCCAUUUAUUCAGCUCUGUUAUGUUUUACGAAAAGGAGAAGAAAACCUCGAGCCGAGGACGAUGACGACGAUGAUGACGAUGACGACGAUGAUGACGACAAUGAUGAAGAUGAGGAUGAGGAUGAUGAUGAUGAUGAUGAUGAUGAUGGUGGUGGUGGUGGUGGUCAGAACUGCAGUAAGGACAUACUGAUUCAGACUGGACUAUAGAAUUCCAUGGAAUCUCUCCCACGAAGCCCAGAUAUGACUCGUCUUUCUUCCU